GAGCAGUCGAGCACUUGCCGCUUUUGAGCCCAAGACUGACAUCAACCGCAUCUUGAUCCUUUAGCCACCUCAGCUGCAAGUGUAGCGAUCACUGACAUGGAGGCCCAAAACGUGGAGGUUGCCGCCCUGGUGCAGAAGAUCGCCGGCCUCCACGCCGCCAUCGCCAAGCUGCCGUCGCUGAGCCCGUCCCCCGACGUCGACUCCCUGUUUACCGACCUCGUCACGGCCUGCGUCCCGCCGAGCCCCGUCGACGUGACUAAGCUUGGCCCCGAGGCGCAGAGGAUGCGGGAGGAGCUCAUCCGCCUCUGCUCCGACGCCGAGGGGCACCUCGAGGCGCACUACUCCGACAUGCUCGCCAACUUCGACAACCCGCUCGACCAUCUUGGCCGAUUCCCUUACUUCAGCAACUACAUCAACCUGAGCAAGCUGGAGCACGAGCUCCUCGUCCGCUACGUCCCGGGCCUUGCGCCGACCAGCGUCGCGUUCGUCGGGUCGGGCCCGCUGCCGUUCAGCUCGCUCGUACUCGCCACUCGCCACCUGCCGAACACGCUGUUCGACAACUACGACAAGUGCGGCCCCGCCAACGACCGUGCGAGGAAGCUGGUCCGCGCGGACGAGAACUUGCGCGCGCGGAUGUCUUUCCACACGGCCGACGUCGCCAAACUGACGGACGAGCUCGGCAAGUACGACGUGGUCUUCCUGGCCGCGCUCGUCGGCAUGGCGGCCGAGGACAAGGCCAAGGUGGUCGCGCACCUUGGCAGGCAUAUGGCGGACGGAGCGGCCCUUGUCGUGCGGAGUGCGCACGGGGCUCGCGGGUUCCUGUACCCCAUCGUCGAUCCUGAAGACAUCCGUCGCGGCGGGUUCGACGUGCUGGCUGUGUACCACCCGGACGACGAGGUCAUCAACUCCGUGAUCAUCGCGCGUAAGGUGGACUCCUACGCGAACGGACUUCAGAAUGGGCACGCGCAUGCGCUCGGCUUGGUGCCGGUGGUGAGCCCGCCGUGUAAGUGUUGCAAGAUGGAGGCGAGCGUGCUCCAGAAGGGGGAGGAGAUGGUGAGGAAGGAGCUGUCCGUUUGACGCGACUGAAACGAGGAGCUGUGCGUGGUAAUUAUAAGUCGUCCAGUCACUUAAUCUCGUGUUAUUAAGUUGUGUAAGUUUGUAACGUACUUUUGGUGCGUU